AAAGCACAACUUCUAUGCGACUGCAUCCGAUGCGACCGAAGGGACAGCGGCUUUCCCGAGCUGCGAGUGAGGAAUACAUCGCCAAGAGAGGGGAAUCCGAGAGUAGCGCGUCAUUUCAAUAAUGAAGGAAACGGAUCUCAGCGCUCAAACAGGCUGAGAAGGAAAUACAGCCUAUAGAAAAUACGAAAAUAUAUCUGUAAUCGUUGAAGCUGUAGGCUACAGGUCUUAUAAUACAUAGCUAAUGAUCGCACAAGACAGAUCCUGUGCGCAGCAAUUUAAACAGCAAACUUUAAAUGGAGGAUCUUUCCAUUUAAUCCAACUUCAUCAGCUCAUCAGGGUGCACAGCCAUGGGCUCCGUCACAUCGGCGCUGACUAAAGCCAAGAACUCCACUGUCAAGGUGUCAUCCGAGCUGCAGCACGACCGGGAGCGAAGCCGCUCGGUGCGAGGGAAGAGGAGUGCGGCUCGGGCUGCCGCGCUUCCAGAUCAGCCGCCGCCUGGAGCACGAAACACGCCGAUGGCAUCGCCCACCGAUGGCAUCGCUGCACUCGCCAACGAGGAUGGGGAGAGCGCCGCCCGGCCCCUGGCCCGCUUCGCCCGAUCUAAAUCUCAGAAUGCCCUGUGGAACGCCAUCACAUCUGGGAUGGGCAUCAAGGACCGGGACCGGGACCAGGCGAAUCGGGAGGCGCCAGCGGACCCGCGGAGUCCGGAGGAGAUCCUAGCAGAGGACCCACCAACCGCUGACCGGCCGGACGCCACCGAGAAGACAGCUCUCAGACUGCGAUGUCUGGUGAAGCAGCUGGAGAGGGGAGAGGCCUCUGUUGUGGACCUGAAGAAGAACCUGGAGUAUGCAGCCUCAGUGCUGGAGUCUGUGUACAUCGAGGAGACCAGGCGGCUGGUGGACACAGAGGACGAGCUCAGCGACAUCCAGUCAGACUCGGUACCAUCGGAGGUGCGGGACUGGCUGGCGUCCACUUUUACGCGGCAGAUGGGCCUGAUGCUGCGGCGGACAGAGGAGAAGCCUCGAUUUCGGAGCAUCGUACAUGCCGUGCAGGCUGGGAUAUUCGUGGAGAGGAUGUACAGGCGAACCUCAAACAUGGUGGGCCUGAGUUACCCCACCUCCGUCAUAGCUGUCCUUAAGAACACUGACAAGUGGUCAUUCGAUGUGUUCAGCCUGAACGAUGCCAGCAGUGACCAUGCAUUAAAAUUCAUAUUUUAUGACUUGCUCACAAGAUAUGACCUGAUCAACCGCUUUAAGAUCCCCAUCUCUGCCCUGGUGUCCUUCGUGGAGGCGUUGGAGGUGGGCUACAGCAAACACAAGAACCCGUAUCACAACCUGAUACACGCCGCCGACGUAACUCAGACGGUGCACUACCUUCUGCUGAAGACGGGGAUGGUGCACUGGCUCACGGAGCUGGAGAUAUUCGCGAUGAUCUUCGCCGCGGCCAUCCACGACUACGAGCACACCGGGACCACCAACAACUUCCACAUACAGACCAGAUCAGACACUGCCAUAUUGUACAAUGACAGGGCAGUGCUCGAAAGCCACCAUGUAAGUGCGGCAUACCGCCUCCUACAGGACGACGACGAAAUGAACAUCCUGUACAAUUUAUCGAAGGAUGACUGGAGAGAGCUGAGGGCCCUGGUGGUGGAGAUGGUCCUGGCCACAGACAUGUCCUGCCACUUCCAGCAGGUCAAAGCCAUGAAGAACUCCCUGCAACAACCCGAAGGGAUCGACAAGCCCAAAGCCUUAUCUCUGUUGCUGCACACUGCUGACAUCAGCCACCCAGCCAAACACUGGGACCUGCAUCAUCGCUGGACCAUGUCCCUGCUGGAGGAGUUCUUCAGGCAGGGCGAUAAGGAGGCGGAGCUUGGACUGCCCUUCUCCCCGCUGUGUGACCGCAAGUCCACCAUGGUGGCCCAGUCCCAGAUUGGGUUCAUCGACUUUAUCGUGGUUCCCACAUUCACUGUGCUGACGGACAUGGCAGAGAAUAUCGUCACGCCGCUCAUCGACGAGGCCUCGCACUCGGGUCUGGCAGGAUUCCGUCGCUCCAGUCUUAACAGCAUCAAUUCUGCCGAUGCGAAGCGAUACACCGCAAAGACCACCGGUUCCGACGGGGGCACGUCCCUAAACUGCUCCCUGCUCAGUGUCGACCUCAAGAUCUUCAAAUCCCUGUGGAGCGUCGAGGUGGCCCAGAACCGGGAGAAGUGGCAGGCCCAGGCAGCCAAAGACCUGGAGGAGAAGACCAAGCGUGAAGCAGAGGAGGAGGCUAGGCAUGGGGUUGAAGAGGAAGUCAGACAUGAGACAGAGGAGGAAUCCCAGGCAACCCAGCCUGGGCUGGUUGGCCAGAAGCUCCAGAACCGAGAGCUGAACAGACCACCGGACAGAACUGCCAAGAACCACAUGGACACUGACAACCCAGAUCCGACGCAGCGGACAGACAACGGAGAAAUUCAAGAGAAACCCAACUCUCCGACUACAGAGGACAGAUCAACCGAUCCCGAACCAGAAUGAGGGGGGACCUGGGUCCCUCCCCCCCUCGCAAGACAGACUGCUCAUCUCCAAACCCCCAAGUACUUCUCCCUCCCUCCUGCCAUUCGGUAACCGAUGACUACAGGCAUUUAGAAAAGCCGCCAGAAUCGGCACGGCAACCCGUGAGACGGAGACGGUUAAGGCACCAAGGAGUGCAGUCUCUGUAGGACUCAGCAAUGCUGAGCGAUCGAUGGGAACAACCACCCCAGGCUCCCUGCUGUUACUAUUAUUAUUAUUAUUAUUAUUAUUUCAUUUGGUUGCUGUAACUUAUUAUUUCUUAUUUUAUAAACUCAUUUUAUCAUUUAUUGCUGAUGAGUGACGUCUAUCACCAGUAAUAUUAUGCUUUUUCGUAAUAUAAAGUGAGUGAAGUACUGGCUCUUUGUGUUAAGAACUGCAACAUACCUGUGAUAUAAUGCCUGUUAUAUGUAAGCCUGCCCCCCCCCCCCCCCCCAUCUCC